CAGGCAACAUGAGACCCAUUUUCUGUGGAAACUUUGAGUAUGACGCACGUCAGUCUGAUUUGGAACGGCUCUUCAGAAAAUAUGGAAGAGUAGAACGAGUGGAUAUGAAGUCUGGGUUUUCUUGGGAUGUAAUGGAGGGACUCCUCAGAAUUUGUUUCAUGCCUGUGACGUGCUUCCUCUUCUUGCUUUCAAGAAGAGUCACUCCUUUCCGCAAUGGCACCACCAUCCCUCAUUUUCCUCAGGCAUUUUCCCCUUUCAUUCCUCAUGAUUUUUGCCCAGACCUCAAAUUCAGACAUGUUUCAAGGUAGAAACAUUGCCGAACUCAUGGCAGAGGCUGCAGAAAAAAUGGAGAAGGCACACUAAUUCCAUUGACCUCCCAUGAGACAUCCACUUUUGGAUUCUUGUUCCUUGACAUCACUUAGUUCUUCACAAAAGGAUUUGCUUUCAUCUACAUGGAAGAUGAGAGAGAUGCUGAAGAUGCCAUUCGUGCACUUGAUCGGACAGAAUUUGGUCGAAAAGGACGCAGGCUACGUGUUGAAUGGACAAAGCAUGAGCGUGGCAUUAGAAGGCCUGGGGGUAGUUCAAGAAGAUCUUCAGCAAAUACAAGACCUUCAAAGACUGUAUUUGUCAUCAAUUUUGAUCCAUAUCAAACUCGGACUAGGGAUUUGGAAAGGCACUUUGAGUCAUAUGGAAAGAUAGUGAGUGUACGGAUCAGAAGGAAUUUUGCAUUUGUACAAUAUGAUUCGCAGGAUGAUGCCACCAGAGCAUUGGAGGCUACAAAUAUGAGCAAGCUGAUGGAUAGAGUUAUUUCGGUGGAAUAUGCAGUUCGAGAUGAUGAUGAGCGCCGGAAUGGAUAUAGCCCCGAUAGAAUUCGUGAUAGGUCACCUGAGAGGGGUCGUGACAGAAGGCGAUCUCCAAGUCCCUACCGAAGAGAGAGGGGUAGCCCUGAUUAUGGUCGUGGCUCUAGUCGCAGUCCUUAUAGGAAAGAGAGGGGGAGCCCUGAUUAUGGGCAAGGCCGCAGUUCAAGUCCCUAUAAGAGAGAAAGAGCAAGUCCGGAGUAUGGCCGAGGCACCAGCCAUAGUCCUUACCGAAGAGAGAGGGCUGGUUCUGACCAUGCUUUUGGCUCCAGCGGAAGUCCUUACAGGAAAGAGAGGGCUAGCCCUGAGAAUGGCCUAGGCCCCAGCCGUAGUCCUUAUGGGAGAGAGAAGCAUAGUGCUAAAAAUGAUCGAAGCUGUAGUCAUAGUCCAUAUAGAAGAGAAAGGCCCAGCUCUGACAAUGGUCGUGGACCCAGCCAUAGCCCAUAUGGAAGGGAGAGAGCUAGCCUUGAGAAUGACCGUGGUCCCAGCCCAAGUUCUAUGCCUGAAGGAAGGGUCAGUCCAUAUGGCGGUGAAGCUGAAAGCCCAGUCAAUGAGAGAUAUCGCAGUCAAUCGCCAGCAGUUGAGGAAUGAUUAUGAACAAUUUGAGAAGCUAUGAGGGACGACCUUUGUCUUUAUGGCAGAACUCAGUCGGAAGUCCUGUUAUUUGCUUUUCUUUGGUGACAACUGUUCCUGCAAUUACAUUUAGAGAUGGAAUCUUGACCUUUGUCUUUAUGUAGUGCGUACAAUUAAAACCUAGAUUUCUAGUUUAGAUGCAACGGAUUAUCCUGUUUAUUUUGAAUGGUGAAACUCAGUUUAUGGAAUAUGUUAUGUACUUCUUUUUGUCUUUUUUAUGUGUUUGAUUUCAUUAGCUAACCUAUUUUUUAAUAAUUGUCUUGGUUAUCGUAAGCCAUAUUUGGGAUUAGAAUUUCAUUUGUUAGAAUGAUGAUAGAAGAGUGUGGCAAUUUUGUGUAUGGCCAUGAGCCUGUGCUUUUGUUGAAAAGAUUGGCUGUAAAUUUUUGGAUUGAAGAUAUGCAGUCAUAGUAUGAUAGGUUGUAGAGGAAGAUUUCUUCAAUGAUUCAUGCAAGGGACCGCAUAUAGUUGGUUUUCUAGGUCGAAAAUUAAUUAGUUACAUUUCUUUUAUAAUAAUUUUUUUUCUCUUCUUCCGCAUGGUUUGAGCUUAUUUUUUGUUUUCUUUUGAUAUUUGAAGCUGCAGUGAGCCGGUGAUUGAAUCCUCGUGUUAAUUGUUUUUAUGUUGAGAUAUCUACAUACCGCAUUUAGUGGCUUAAAAUUAGAUACUUUUCUUCAACUUGAAAAUUAGAUGUCUUUAUUAAUUAACAUAGAUGUCCAAUCAUUGGAUUACGUGGAGUUUAUACAUUCCUUGCACAAUUACGUACCUGUAAAGCUUUUUCGUGGCUAAAAGCUGGAUGCUUUUCUUAAAUAUUUUCCUUCAACGUAUGUUUAGACGGGCUCUCACUCUCAGCGGAUGGAAGGGGACGUUGGCGGAGUCUUAAUCAGAGUGAGCCAGCAUGGGAGGAGGGCCAUUGCCCGUUGGUUUAGUCUUAAUCAGGCUGAGCCAGCAUAGCAAUCUCCAUAAUAUCAGCAAACAAUAUGUAGGAGACUUGGAACUUAGCUUUCUAAAGAUUUGGACAUUUGGUUUAGAGUUCCUUCGAUCUCUGAAUAAUCAAUAGUUGCUCAUCUUAAAAAAAUUGUUGGAUAGAGUAACUGUUUGUUAUUCAUAAUUUACAUUUGUUGUCAAUUCAAAUCCUUGUCAUCAUUAAACCCUGUGAGCAGUGAGCUUCUCCUGUA